CCUGCGGGCGGCCGCGGCGGUGUGCGCGGCCGGGUCCGGCGCAGGCGGCAGGCGGGGCGGCUGCCCCUUCCCUCUCUUUCUCCGCCCCCACCGCACGGCCCGGCUGAGGCGCGCUGCCUGCAGCCGUCGCGGAGCGCCGCCGUCCCUGCCCAGCCCCAGGUGCCACCGCCGCCCGAGCCCCGCUGUCGCCGCGGCCCUCCCAAUUCGCCCCUAUGGAGGAUUACCACAAGCCCGACCAACAGACCCUGCAGGCCCUCAAGGACACGGCCAACCGGCUCCGCAUCAGCUCCAUCAAAGCCACGACCGCGGCCGGCUCCGGCCACCCUACAUCAUGUUGCAGUGCAGCAGAGAUUAUGUCUGUGCUGUUUUUCCAUACCAUGAGAUACAAAGUGCAAGAUCCCAGAAACGCCAGCAACGACCGGUUUGUUCUUUCAAAGGGUCAUGCAGCACCAAUUUUAUAUUCUGUUUGGGCAGAGGCUGGCUUUCUACAAGAAGCAGAAUUACUGAACUUGAGGAAAAUUGAUUCUGUCUUAGAAGGACACCCAGUACCAAGACAAGCAUUCACUGAUGUGGCUACUGGAUCUCUUGGUCAGGGUCUUGGUGCUGCAUGUGGAAUGGCAUACACUGGCAAAUUCUUUGACAGAGCCAGCUAUCGAGUGUAUUGUCUGCUUGGAGAUGGAGAGUUAUCUGAAGGGUCUGUUUGGGAGGCAAUGGCCUUUGCUGGAUUUUACAAGCUUGAUAAUCUUGUUGCUAUAUUUGAUGUUAACCGUCUUGGACAAAGUGACCCUGCCCCUCUGCAGCAUCAUGUUGAAAUUUACCAGAAACGCUGUGAAGCCUUUGGCUGGCAUGCUAUCAUUGUUGAUGGACACAGUGUGGAGGAACUUUGCAAAGCCUUUGGCCAGGCCAAACAUCAGCCAACGGCUAUCAUUGCAAAGACUUUUAAAGGCAAAGGCAUAUCAGGUGUUGAAGAUAAGGAAAGCUGGCAUGGAAAGCCCCUUCCAAAAAACAUGGCUGAACAAGUCAUUCAGGAAAUAGAUGACAAAAUCCAAAAUAAGAAAAAGCUUUCUCCAGCCCUCCCGGAAGAAGAUGCACCUGUAGUAAAUAUUAGAAAUAUUAAGAUGCCAUCUCCACCAACUUACAAAGUGGGAGAAAAGUGGGCUACCCGCAAAGCUUACGGUGUUGCACUUGCAAAACUGGGCCAUGCUAAUGAUCGAGUGAUUGCUUUGGAUGGAGACACAAAGAACUCCACCUUCUCAGAGCUUUUUAAGAAAGAACAUCCGAAUCGCUACAUUGAAUGCUACAUUGCUGAACAGAACAUGGUGAGCAUUGCAGUUGGUUGUGCCACUCGUGACAGAACUGUUGCUUUUGCCAGCACCUUUGCUACCUUCUUCACACGGGCGUUUGACCAGAUCCGUAUGGCUGCCAUCUCCGAGAGUAACAUCAAUCUCUGUGGGUCACACUGCGGUGUUUCUAUUGGUGAGGAUGGGCCAUCUCAGAUGGGACUGGAGGAUCUGUGCAUGUUCCGGGCUGUUCCCAAUGCCACUGUGUUUUACCCUAGCGAUGCUGUAGCCACUGAAAAAGCAGUGGAAAUAGCUGCCAACACCAAGGGCAUUUGUUUCAUAAGAACUAGUCGUCCUGAAAAUCCUGUCAUUUACAACAACAAUGAGGACUUCCAUAUUGGACAGGCAAAGGUGGUUCUGAAGAGUAAGGAUGACCAAGUGACUGUGAUCGGAGCAGGAGUCACUCUGCAUGAGGCUCUGGCUGCAGCAGAGCAGCUGAGAAAAGAAAAAAUAUUCAUCCGUGUGAUUGAUCCCUUCACUAUAAAGCCCCUAGAUAAGAAGACAAUACUUGAAAAUGCAAGAGCGACCAAGGGCAGAAUCAUCACUGUUGAGGACCAUUACCAUGAAGGUGGCAUUGGAGAAGCAGUGUGUGCUGCCGUAGUGGGUGAGCCUGGUAUCACAGUCAGUCGCUUGGCUGUGUCUCAUGUACCACGAAGCGGGAAGUCAGCUGAGCUCCUGAAGAUGUUUGGCAUUGAUAAAGAUGCCAUUGUGCAAGCUGUUAAGGUGGCAGUGUCCAAAUCAAGAAAUGCGGAGUAGUUUGAAGCAUCUUGUGCUGUGUUACAGAAAAGCAGUGUUCAGAGAAGUACUGUAAGUUUAAGGCAGGCAAAGGUGCUUUAUGUAGAGAGUUCUAAUAAAAAUACCAGCUUAAAAAACC